CCCUCCAGCUUGACAGUGGUGUGCCCUGCUCAGUCGAGGAGGAAACAGGUCUUCAUUGUCGCGGAGGACAUUGAGCUCACACUUCGUGCUGUUAUAUCAUUUUUCCUCUGGUGUCCCGGCGGCUUUUCUCCCCUUUUUUUCCCCGGCUUGUUGUCGAUUCACAGUCGGAAUGGCCGAGCCAAGCGGCAGAUAUCAGCAGCUGCCCAAUGAGGAGGACCCAGAGGAGAGUCAAGAGGUGGCAGCUGACGCUCCUCCCCCGUACAGCAGCAUCACAGUGGGCAAUGCUGCCUACUUUGACUACAAGGAAGACGGGGGUUUCCCAAAGCCUCCAUCAUACAGCGUAGCGACCACGCUGCCUUCCUAUGACGAAGCAGAAAGAACCAAGACUGAGACUACUGUUCCCCUGGUAACCGGGAGAGAUGAAGACUUUGUGACCAGAGACGACUUUGAAGACGCUGAUCAGCUGAGGAUAGGAAAUGACGGCAUCUUCAUGCUGACUUUUUUCAUGGCCUUCCUGUUCAACUGGAUCGGUUUCUUCCUGUCUUUCUGUCUGACCACCUCAGCAGCCGGCCGCUACGGGGCCAUCUCAGGCUUCGGCCUCUCCCUAAUCAAAUGGAUCCUCAUAGUCAGGUUCUCCACAUACUUCCCCGGUUACUUUGAUGGACAGUACUGGCUGUGGUGGGUGUUCCUGGUUUUGGGCUUUUUGCUCUUCCUUCGAGGAUUCAUCAACUAUGCCAGAAUCCGCAAGCUGGCUGACACAUUCUCCAACCUGCCCCGCACCCGGGUCCUCUUCAUCUACUGAGCUCACAAUCCAGCAGUUUUCAUCAUACAUUUUUUUCCCCCUUUUCAGUGAAACAUACUGUCUGGUUUUAUCAAAUCACAACGGGAGAAAAGAACACGUUUCCCCCUCUGCUUGACAUGAUUUGGACAAUACAUCUAUUGUCCUCUUUUGGUGUAAAAUAGUGUAAUGCUGUAAAACCCUUCAGUUUUUAGUGGUGAACUGUCAAGUGCUAUUUGCAGUCAUGAAGUGUGUGAUGUAUAAAUGAAUGCCUUAUUUACUGUUUUACUGCCUGUUGGUAGCAGCAGCAUGAGCUGUUCUCCUGUUAGCCACCAGGGGGCAGUCUUGUUUGUGUUUUCUCUCAUCAGUCUUCUGUCAGAUGACGUCAUGGUUCUCAGCCCAGGAAUUAGAGGGUAAUUUUGGGGUUAUGGGUUGAUUUACUCAAUGUAAAAUAAUGUUUCAAGUACCAGUUUAAUGUGCUUUUAACCCUUUUGACUAAUUCGUUGCGAAAUAGUGUUUAAUUCAGUUAAUAUAAGACUGAAAAUGUCAAAUGAUUAGCUUUUGUUGGUGAUCAGGGGCUGAAAAGGUUGAGGCUAUAUAGAAGAUAACGGGCCAGGUUUCCCGAUUUACUUAUUUAAAUAGAAAUUGUCCGUGCUUACACACACUGUAAUCAGGAGUGUUGUUUCCUUACAUUCCUUCUUUGACAGGCUGCCCUGCUCAAGGACAGAGUGACAGGGAUGGAAUAAGCUGAUAUCCUGUCACUCCACUGUGCAAUUAAACGCCCUAUCCUAGUCACUGGCACCAAAUGAUUGGUUUCAAAUGAGGAAAAAAAUGAUCGUAUUGCCAGAAGUGAUUUGGAAACCCUGCCCUUAUAUGAAGAGCAGAGAUUUUUCUUUGACCCAGCAAUGAAAUAAUGAAAGAGUCAUUCAUUUAAUGUAUAUCCUCAUUGUAGUGGAAGUGGAAUGAUUAUUUUUUAGAAGAAUAUCGAUAUCUCGCUUGGAAAAUGUUUGCAAUUAAACUGGAAAAAGUCA